AUGUGGCAGAAGAAGAAGAACGAAGAACGAAGAACGAAGAAGAACAAGAACAAGAGCGAAGAAGAAGAAGAAGAAGUGAGCGACUACUGGCUGGUGGCAUUGGUGGCGGUGGCGACGAUGCUGAUGGUGGUGUUCGUUGACGGGAACGGAGUGCUGCACCCGCGCGGGUUCGGCUUGGCCUCCCACCUGGGCGUGCUCAUCGGCAUACCCACAAUAGGGGUGGGGAAGACCUUCUUCCACGUCGACGGGCUGGACAUGAGGGAGGUCAAAGCACAGGCGGCCGCAGCCUGCCACAAGGGCGGCGACUGGAUCCCCCUGAUCGGCCAGUCGGGAGUUGAGUGGGGCGCCGCGUUCCGAAGCACAGACGGCUCGUCGAACCCCAUCUACGUGUCGGUGGGCCACAGGAUCAGCCUGGCCUCGGCUGUGCUCCUUACCCAGGCCUCGUGCCUCCACAGGGUGCCGGAGCCCAUCCGGCAGGCCGACCUGCGCAGCCGGGAGUUUCUGCGCAAACAGGGGCACUGA